AGACAAUGUUAAUUGCCAAGAAACAUUCUCUGGUUUGGCUGGCUCCAAUAUCCGCCGGCUUGAAUUUUUAUGAGGAGGGUUGAGACCGCACUGCAGAGAAGAUGGCCAACCUAACGUCACAAAGAACAAGCAGCAGAGACAAAUUCAAACCGUGUUUAAACGCGCUAAUAUCAUAAGCUUAAUUGCAUAGCUCAUAUCGUCUCUUAUUAAUUUGAUGAGAAAUGCAAGUUUCGUUUGAUUGCUUCGGUAUCAUCAUCUUCACCAAUAAAUUAGAACCACGAACUGUGAGAUAUCAGGCAAAUUAUUAUGGCGGGUGCUACUGGAGAUAGGUCGCUAGAGGAGACACCAACAUGGGCUGUUGCGGUCGUUUGUGCGGUAUUUGUGAUCAUAUCCAUUCUAAUAGAACAUGGGAUUCAUUCUCUUGCCAAGUGGUUCCAGAAACGCCAUAACAAAGCCAUGAGUGAAGCCCUGGAGAAAAUUAAAGCUGAGCUGAUGCUUUUGGGUUUCAUAUCUCUGCUUCUAACUGUGGGCACAAGAUUUAUAGCAAAGAUAUGCAUUCCUACUGAUAUUGGGGAAACCAUGCUUCCAUGCAAGGGUACUUAUACAAAGGAGGAUGAUGGUGAUGCUGAGGGAGAUGAACAUAGGAGAAAGUUAUUUUGGUUUGCUGGAGAUAUGACAAUGAGACGAGUUUUGGCGGCCCCAGCUGGCGGAGAAGAUUAUUGCUCUAAAAAGGGUAAAGUAUCAUUGAUUUCGCAGAGUGGAGUGCACCAGUUGCAUAUAUUUAUAUUCGUCCUUGCCGUCUUUCAUGUUUUAUACAGUGUCAUCACCAUUGUACUGGCUAGGGCUAAGGUGAAGAAAUGGAAAUCCUGGGAAUCAGAGACAUCAUCCUUGGAAUAUCAAUUCACAAAUGAUCCAGAAAGAUUCAGGUUCACUCACCAAACUUCCUUUGUGAGGCGUCACUCUGGUUUAUCCAGAACGCCCGGAAUUAGAUGGAUUAUAGCAUUCUUCAGGCAAUUCUUUGGUUCAGUAUCAAAGGUGGACUAUUUGACAAUGCGCAAUGGCUUUAUCAAUGCACAUUUUGCUCCAAAUAGUUCAUUUGACUUCCAUAAAUACAUCAAAAGAUCCAUGGAAGACGAUUUUAAGGUGGUCGUGGGUAUUAGUAUCCCUCUAUGGAUUUUCGCUGUAAUCUUUUUGCUUAUAAACGUGUACAAAUGGUACACGCUUGACUGGCUGACAUUAGUUCCAUUCGCGAUACUUCUCCUAGUGGGUACAAAGCUUGAACUUGUAAUCAUGGAAAUGGCUCAAGAAAUCCAGGAUCGAUCUACUGUUGUAAGAGGAGUUCCAGUCGUUGAACCAAACAAUAAAUAUUUCUGGUUUAAUCGACCCGAAUGGAUUCUCCUAUUAAUACACUACACUUUGUUCCAGAAUGCGUUUCAAAUGGCAUUUUUCUUGUGGACAUGGUACGAAUUCGGACUGAAUUCAUGCUUUCACGAGAAUUUGCGAGCCAUUGUGGCAAGGGUCAUUCUGGGCGUGGCCCUUCAGUUCUUAUGCAGCUACAUCACCUUCCCUCUCUAUGCCUUGGUAACACACAUGGGUUCUCACAUGAAGAAAGCAAUCUUCGAGGAGCAAACAGCCAAGGCAAUUAAAAAAUGGCAUCAGGUUGCAAAGGAGAGAAACAAGAUAAGGAAAGCAGGAAGAAAUAAUAAUGGUGGUUCUGAUCCAGGAUUCUUGAGCGGUGAAAACACACCAAGCAUUGGCUCAUCACCGAUACAUUUGCUUCACAACUAUAAGAACCGAUCUAGUCAACCGCAUGUCGACAUUGAAAGUGUUGUAACUUCUCCCAUGUCUUACCCUUCCGAUAAUGAGCUCUCAGAAAUUGAAGGCUCCUCUCAUAACAACAGGCAUGUUGUUGAAGAAGAAGAACAACAAGAAGAAGAUCAUCGUCUAAAAAGAAACGAGGGAGAACUUCAUAACAGAGAUUUCUCUUUCGUUAGACUUUAA